GGCUGUUGGUUUUACUCCCACACACUUUAGAGCUCUUCCAUUUGAUUUGAUUCAAAUCAAUUUAAUUUGAUUAUUUAGCCCUCAAUUAAGUAAAUUGCCCAAUCACUGACUAUACAACACUUACAACUUUUCCUUUUGCUCCCCCCUGGAGAAUUAACAUCAGUUAAAGAACAUUGUGCUUUUUUCUUCACCUUUGACACCUGUUUAAGAUCAUGAAACUGCUAACGAAUGAGUUCAAAUCGAUAUAAUGAAACCGAUUCAUCACUCCUGUUUGCAAACGUUUGAAGUCCUUCUGGACGAGCCGUCUUCAAAACCAGGAGCUGCAGUGGAACAAUUCCUCACUAAAUCUGACUGCCAUUUUACAUUUGACCACAAAUCAGUUGCUGCCUGACAUCAGUAGCUCACAUUCAUCACUGUGCACUUCUGUAAAGAAAGCUGAACUCGACUACAGUGCUGCUGCUAGCCUGGAUCGGUCCAGAACAUUCCUCUACGUAUCUCUAAAACAUUUGUUGCUUUGGCUGUGGUUUGAGGAUGUGCACCAGUGCUGCUGACCACUGUGGUGUAUUUCUAACAGAUGAGAUGCUUGCUUUGGGCUUUGAGUUUGUCCAUCUUUCUUGAUCCUCUGCUGAUGAGAUGCAGGGAUGUCAUUAAAAAACUUGAAAAACUUGUUGUAAUGUCAACCAACUGUCAUUCCUAUGUAAUAACACUUUGCAGCUUGGACAGAUAUAGUCUGCCUUUCCGUCAGUCUGAAUUGUCUGAAAGGAUAGGCCUCAUUCUGCAAAUAAAAGGACAUUUCCUAAAAAAAAGAAAAAACAACAAUUUUUAACUCAUUGCAAUACAAGAAAGAAUUGUCAUUUUGUAUAUUUUUUGUUUUGAUUUCAUUUCACAAAACAGUUUAAAAGGAAAAAUAGAAAAAAUAUAAAGAAAAAAAAGUAGCAAUACUUCAACACACACAAAAACAUUUAAUUUUACUGCAUUGUUGCCAUACCUUCUUAAACUGAAGGAAGCCCUUUAAAAAGCUUAUAUGGAAUGUUUUGAGGAGGAAAUGUUACAUUUUAUAUAUAGUUCCUCUAAAGCACAAAUAAAUACAAUAAAAACAUCUAAAUGGAGACUUUAGAAAUGAUAUUAGGGAACAUAACAGACUCUGCUUUUGCGUGUUGCAGAACAAGCAGCCAGGAGUGUUUGGGGGAGGUGUGGGGCGUGUACGCAAAGCCUCUCCAAAGCCAUCUACCUUGGAUUAGGGCUGUCAGAAUGCAGAAUGAAAUCGAGGACCUCGUUCUGCUCUGCGCAAAAGAUCACGUUCCAGCAUUUUACGCAGACUUCAUAGCGCAGAUGAAAAGGAUGAAACGAGUUUAGGAGACAGAGCAACAACUAUCCCACCUUUGACUCUGGAUUAUGUGAGCUGAGCAGGACUUUAAAGUUCGUGGAUAUGCAUCCCCACACAGUUAUGAUAAGUUUUGGGAAUAUCUGACGGGGUUAAAAUGACGCGCUUCCUCGCAAGAAUCUUUUUUCUUGAAACUCUUACACUAAUUCUACUACAAGGUGUUCUGAUGUCCCAAGACAUUUUGGAGAGCAGCCCCAGACUUCUCAGAGACUCCAAAGAGUUUGGCUCCAGGAGGUCCCAGCUGUCUGAGACCACCAAGUCCAGACAAAAGCGCUGCACCUGUUACUCCUACACGGACAAAGAGUGCGUGUACUACUGCCACUUGGAUAUCAUCUGGAUAAACACUCCCGAACGAACUGUUCCCUAUGGGAUGUCGAGCUACAGAGGACAGCAGCGAAGAAGACGUGCCGUCCGUGGACGACCCUCUGAGAGUGAGGGGCCGAGAACACCACGCUGCGUUUGUGCUGCUGCUGACAAAGAUGCUGAAUGCAGGGAUUUUUGUUGGUCAAACCUCCGUCAGACUCUGCGGACCAGGAAUCUCCACCGAGUCUCCGGCCUUGGAUGACAGCUGCGAGACCCUCCUCUCCUCUUCAACCCCUGAUUGACAUCUUGCCUCCCAGGUGCACACAGUCAAGAGGAGAACUUAGGAGUUAAAAAAAAACUGCCAACAUUCCUCAACAUCAAAACUCUUGUAGCAAGUUCCGUCAGGCCAAGUGAUUCCAGCAGCAUAUCUGAUGCAGACCCCUCCAGGCUACUACCUUCCUCUCUUCUCCUGAGAAUAACACGAGGAUUACUCUCCCCUUUAAUAUCAGCAUAUUAGCCAAGGACUUUGCUUGUUCAAAGCAUAAUUACACCAUUCCUUUGGUUUCACAUCUAACGUAAGAGUCUACACCUGACUAAAUCUUCUCAACAGAGAUAAUCUAAAAUCAACAUAUGCUAAAGAAGCAACAUAAACAGGUCCAGAGAAUUGGUUGCCAUAGAUAAAAAGAGUAUAGAAAAGGUAUAUCCUGAUGUUAUAAAUUUUGGAAUGUGCCAACUAAAAAAAGAGUGAAACGUUUUCAUUUUAUUUGUAUUAAUUGAUGUUUUUAUUAUAUUAUUUAUGGAAUUUAAGAAAAUCAUUUAACCUUUUUUUUAAAGUGUCAUUUAUAUAAAAAGUAUACAUAUAAGCACCAAAUUUAUUACAUAGUUUUACCGUUACCACGUUACUCUCUGUUCAACUGAAGCUGUGUAAAGCCUGCCAUGUUAUUUAUACCUUCAACUGACCGUAUUCAGCUGUGAAUUUCUUGUGAACAAAAUGAUGACAUUUUAUGCUUUUCUCAGAAAAAAACAUAUCCAAUAAAAAUAAUGCUGCCAAUAUUAAGGAUGAUUUCUUAAUUGGUGUAGGAGUCAAGAUGAGUUGAUAUGUGUGUUUGUUUUCAGGUUCAAAUUGCUUUCCAGGAACUGCAAAAAGACGUUUUUUACAUGCCUGAGCGUGGAAACGUGCUUGAUUUAAGUCACCUGUACUCAGAAAUACUCACAAACUGUGAACACACAUGCUAAAGAAUUCACUUAUUUUGUUUAAAUUCUAGCUGCUCAAAAGGUUGUAGUUUAGGUUAUGGUUUAUGCAAUAAAAUAAGAAAAAAGAGCACAAACUUAAACUACUAUGGAACAGCUCCAUUCUGUCUAGAUUGGGAUGAAAGGUUCUGAAAAAUGUUAUAUAAAUAUUAAAAACAUAAAAUGCUAGUCACCACUCAUCAACCAUUUAAUGACUUUUGUUUUCUUUCUCUUGUUAAAUGUUUUGUUUUUAGAUCAGUCAUCUUAAGCUAUGGAAAUAAAUGCAAGUAACAUUAUUUUUUUCUGAAAAUGUCAACCAAAGAAAGAUUGAAAAAGUGUUUAUCGGUAACUCUUUGCUUGUUUGGGUUCGGAGUGAGGGGAGUUAAGUGAGACGAGGUGUUUCAUGAGAAAACGCUCCAUAUUCGGUGUUGUCUUUCCAUUUGGCCCUGAGGCUUGAACUGGGAUGGCAGUGCUGUUUUCUGUUAUUCGGGAUUUAGAGGGAACGAGACAUACAUACAGUUAAGCCCUUCAAUUUUUAUGCUCGUCUGAUCAGCCGGUUGCUUCCAGCUAAAAGGAACAUAGCUUAACUUAUAAGGUUUUUAGUUAGAAAGUGGUUUGGUGUGAUGCCAGAAAAUCAGAUUUGAACACAGGCAAGAAGCCUUUCUUUAUGGAGAUCUUUUAUCAAAAUGUAAAGCAGUCUCCUCUGUAUAUCAUGUACAUCAUGUAUCUAAUUUGUACAUAUGUUUAUGAUGUAUCUUUGUUAUUAUUUAAACACAUUUAAGACAAUAUCCUAUGAACAGAGUGCAUGCAAACUAAGGUAUGCAAAGGUUUGACAUUUAGAAUUGCAAUAACUCAAUACUGGAGCGACAAAAGUAAAAAGAUGGAGGAAAAAAACUUUAAUUAUUUAAACUAUCAGAAAUUAUAAAGUAUUAGAGGAGUUGAAUUGCAAAGAGAAAAGCCACCAGGCCAAAUAUCUCAGACAUUUAAGUCAUGUUCUUUUGAACAAAUGGCAUCCAAAUCCAUCCUUCACAGACCCUGAAAAUAUUCAAUUUUAAAACAGAAUUUAUUUCAGAAUCAAGAUCCAAAAACAAAAUAAAUAAAUAAAUAAAAAAAUGCAGAACAGUUAAAAGACAAGUAAAAAACUAAUUAUACUCUUUAAAAGUAUCUCCAUAUUGGGUAUUUAGCCAUGAUCUGUAACCAUGAUUUAAUGGUUUGACCUAAAACUUUGUCAUGUGCUGAAGUUAAUUAACAAAGUGAAUCAUUUUAGAAGUUGACACAAAAAUAUGAGCUACAUUUUUCAACUGUAGAAUCCUCCCCAAAAAGCAAUC